UGCGUGGCAGGGAAGAUGGUUAAAAUCUUCUACUUUCCCGUUGCUACCCAGUCACUUUUCUUAGCUAGCUAACGUUAGCUAAGUAGCUUCACUGACACGACAAUCUUGUUUUCGUUUCACGUUCUUUAGUUAGUCUAGCUAUCUAUGAUUGCUACGUUAAUAUCGUAGCGUAGGUCUACAUUGUUAUAUAUUAGCUGUUUAUGUAUGAUCUUACAUUUAAUUAGCGAAAACAAUAAAUCAAAUGCUGUGCUCAUAUCCGCCCACAAUGUGACCUACUGACCGCACCGCAUAGUUCUGCGGCUUCAGCACCGCUGUGGUUACCGCGUUUAGCUUACACAUUCAUUUAGCAGUAAAACAGUGUGGGUGUCAAGGCAUUUGGACACAACCACCAUAGUUAAUUUAUGGUCACAAUUGGAAAAUGCAUUUGCUCACACCUGUACUUUUCCUGGAUGUCAAUAAUAAUUUAGGUAGCAAACUUUCCAGAUAGCUAGUUUUAGUUAACUACGGUGACACAAUGUUGUGACUGAUGGAUGAUACAGGCGCCAAUGCCUCCGCUCUGGAGAAAGAGAUUGGCUCAGAGCAGUUCCCUGUCAACGAGCACUACUUCGGCUUGGUCAACUUUGGGAACACCUGCUACUGUAACUCGGUGCUGCAGGCUCUGUACUUUUGCCGUCCAUUCCGGGAGAAGAUCCUGGCCUACCGCAGCCAGCCCCGACGUAAGGAGAACCUGCUGACCUGCCUGGCCGACCUGUUCCACAGUAUCGCCAACCAGAAGAGGAAGGUGGGAGUCAUACCACCCAAGAAGUUCAUCACGCGCCUACGCAAGGAGAAUGAGCUGUUCGACAACUACAUGCAACAGGAUGCCCAUGAGUUCCUGAACUACCUGCUCAACACCAUUGCUGACCUGCUGCAGGAGGAGAGGAAGCAGGACAAGACCAACGGCCGUCUAGCCAAUGGCUCGCUCGACUCCCAGAACCACAACAGCAACACCCCGCCCCCCUCCACUUGGGUCCAUGAGAUCUUCCAGGGAACCCUCACCAACGAGACCCGCUGCCUCACCUGCGAAACGAUCAGCAGCAAAGAUGAAGACUUCCUGGACCUGUCAGUGGACGUGGAACAGAACACCUCCAUCACACACUGUCUCAGGGGGUUUAGUAACACAGAGACUCUCUGCAGUGAGUAUAAGUACUACUGUGAAGAAUGUAGAAGCAAACAGGAGGCACACAAAAGGAUGCGUGUGAAGAAGCUGCCUAUGAUCCUGGCUCUACACCUGAAGAGGUUUAAGUACAUGGAGCAGCUGCAGCGCUACACCAAGCUGUCCUAUCGCGUCGUCUUCCCUCUGGAGCUCCGCCUCUUCAACACCUCAGGAGACGCAACCAAUCCUGAGAGACUCUACGACCUGGUCGCUGUCGUGGUGCAUUGUGGGAGUGGCCCAAACCGAGGACACUACAUCGCCAUUGUGAAGAGUCACGACUUCUGGCUGCUGUUUGAUGACGACAUUGUAGAGAAGAUAGACGCCCAGGCCAUAGAGGAGUUCUAUGGCCUCACCUCUGAGAUCUCCAAGAACUCUGAGUCAGGCUACAUCCUCUUCUACCAGUCCAGAGACUGACUGGCCCUGGAGAGGACAGUGCCUCCCAUUGGAGCGGAGGAGAAAAGCCCAGUGCCUCAGCAGUGGGAAUAAUGGACCAUACAGGUGUCAUUCAAACCUGUGUAAAUGGAUCUACUGCAGCUCAGCCUCGGAGUCAGUCCCCCCCCCCCCUUGCCCUCCCACACCCUGUCACUUAGGCUGGAGAUGCAGCUACAGGGGAGAGUUUUGUCAAAGGAUCAGUGGAUGUUGUAUCAAAGUUUUGUGAGUUCGAAAGGUGUUUAAUGAGGGUUGUACAGAGGUUUUGGGAAUGAGGCGUUAGUUAUAGCAUGAGUGUUUGGGUGGGGUGAGUGGGUAUUUAAUGAUUCAUGUGUUGUAAUAUCGGCCAGGCGUCUGCACACUCCCUCAGACUGUAACACUGCUUUGUUCCCUAGCUGGGGCCCAGUCAGAGUAGACCAGUUUACUGCAUGAAGUAGGAGGGUGGAGGCGAGUGUUCCAAGUGUGGGAUGUUUGGGUCGUGUAUUUCUACCGUGUACAAAAUGUGGUAUUUGUAUAAAUAUUAUUAGAAGAAUAAGAUGAUAUUAUCAUAGGGAGGAAAAAACGUAAAACCUUGAGAAGAACAUGUAUUGACACUAUGGAGCACUUUUGAUACCUUUUUGUAGGUGUUGGAAAGGUUUAUGUGAGGGUUUGCUUGAGAAAUGGUCAUUGUGAAAUGUUCAUUUUCUGUUUUAAAGAAAAAUUAAUAAAAGCUAAUAAAUAGUG